UUUUUCUUCUAUCCGACUUGGCCACACUCUUCCGGCCUGCCAACUCUCUUUCCGCCGUGUUGCCAUAUAGUCACAAAAAUCUUUCGCAUAAAGAAGUAAAACAGACUCGCGAUGCGUGCGGCCUAGAAGUCGUCACCCCCCUGAAACCGAAAACCCCGACCCCCCACUCACACACACAAACACACACGCAUCUGCAAGCUGCGACGAAUGUUCAUAAAUUUUAAUUAAUUUCGAAAGAGGCGAAAACAAAAAGGCGAACAAAACACCGGAAAAAUUAAUAAUAAAAACCACUAGAGCGGCGAGCGGGAGGCGAUAAAAAGUGUUAUCAGUGCGAGUUAAUUGGCCGCAAACAGGGUGAGGAGGAGGGGGAGGAGCAGGAGGUGGCUCCGGAUCCGGAGAUUGAGGACUAAAGCUCCAAAUCCGGAUCACCACCAUGUCCGUGCAGCAGUUCUGCCUGCGGUGGAACAACCACCAACCGAAUUUCAUCUCGGUGUGCUCCUCGCUGCUGCACAAUGGCACCCUGGUGGACGUCACUCUGGCUGCCGAAGGACGUCAGUUGCAGGCCCACAAAAUAGUGCUCUCCGCCUGCAGUUCGUACUUCCAGGCUCUGUUCACCACAAAUCCGUGCCAACAUCCCAUCGUCAUCCUGAAGGAUGUGCAGUACGAUGACCUCAAGACCAUGGUGGACUUCAUGUACUACGGCGAGGUUAAUGUCUCGCAAGAGCAGCUUCCGCACAUCCUUAAGACCGCCGAGAUGCUCAAGAUCAAGGGCUUGGCGGAGAUGCCCACGGAUCCGGCCAAUCUCACCAAGUCGGACAGCAAGUCCUCCACGGACGGCACCGAGCUAGUGGGUGGCACCGGAGUGGGCUCUGGAGCGGGCACCUCGGCCGGAAGCCUGGGGGGCGCCAGCGGCGGCAGCGUGGGCGACUCCCUGUGGAGCAGCAGCGAGGCCCAGCAGUUCCAGGCGCAGCAGCAGCAACAGCAGGCCCAGCAGCAGGCGCAGCAGCAGCACCACCACCACCAGCAACAACAGCAGCUGCAGCAGCAACAGCAGCAGGCGCAGCAGCAGCAACAGGCGCAGCAGCAGCACCACCACCACCACCAUCAGCAGCAGCAGGGCGGGCAGGCGCAGGCGGCGCAGACGCAUCACCACCAGAUGCGACGUACGCCGUCGCCGUUGAGCGCCGGCACCUCGCCAGCCACCAGACGCAAGCGGUUGCGCAAAUCAUCGAAUAACGGCUCUGGUGAACGCAACAACGUUGAGGAGCAGCACAACAGCUCCCUGGACGCGGGCAGUGGUGCCGGCAACGCCGGUCUCAGUCUCGCCCAGAUGAGCCAGAUGUCCUUCGGAGCGGCUGGCGGUCUAGCCGCUCACUCGCUGCACGCGGCCAAGCUGUUGAAGGAAUCUGUCAGCGCCGAGCUGGACCAGCAGCCGCAGGACUCGGAUUUGGACGACGGACACGGACACUUACACAUGCAAAUUGUAAUGAAAUUGAAGCCCGAAGUGGACAUUGGCGGCGUGAACCCAACGAUGCCCCUGGACAUCUCCGGCGGCACCACGCCCUCGGAACACGAUGCGCCGAACUCUCAGUCCUCGCACUCGGGUCUGCAAUGGACAGUUGUCGAUUCGAACUAUCCACGCUUCUCCCUGCCCGCCUGCCAGUCCAACUUGCUGGGCAACGGCGGGGGCAGUGGUGGCGGGGCUGGCAGCCAGAGCAGCGGUGCGAAUAGCGCCGGCGGCGGUGUCGGUGGCGAUCAGCGACAGCAGCACGAGGCCCAGCAGCAGGCCACUCAGCAGCAGCAUCUGCAGCAGUUGCACUACCAGCAGCAGGAGCAGGCCGCCGCCUCCGGCCAGGCCUACUCGUCGCAGAUCAUCACCGUAAACAACCUGGUCGGCAGCUACGCGACGGCCGCGCAGAACCUCUCGCCCACCUCUCCGAACGAAUCGAACAUGGUGCAGUCGGUCUACAGCCAAGGGCCCACGCCCACCCAGUCGCCUGUGCACGCGGGAGUGGCCGGAGCAAGUGCCGCCGGCGGAGGAGCGGCCAACACGGCGGCCGGCAAUGGGGCAGGAGCCACUGGCGCAGCCAGCCAGGUGGUGAAGCGCAAGCGGUCGGUAAACCCGCAGGGCGAUGAGAACUUCAUCCGCGCCCUGGAGGCAGUGCGCACGGGUGGCAUCGGAUUCUGCAAGGCCGCCCGGCUGUACGGCGUGAACAACAGAACGCUGUGGCUGGAGUACAAGAAGCGCGGCUACCCCGUCUCGCGACCCAGCAUCAAGGCGCGCGUGGUCAAGCAGGAGCCUAACCUGUCGCCCUCGCCCACGCCCUCGACGAAUCAGGGCGAUGACAACACCAACGAGACGCUCAGCAUGCAGAUUCCGCCGCAGGCAGAGACGCCCACGCCCUCGUUGAUGUGCACCCCGCACCACGCGGGCCUCGGAAGCGGACCGGGCAGCCUGCCUGGCGGCGGCAACUCGCACCCGGCCAUCGGCGUGAUGAGCCUGUUCGAUCCGCGCUACAUGGACUCCCCGGGCAACGUGCACUCGAUGACGCGGCAGCGGUACAUCGAGGCAGCCGGUGGCGGAGCGGGUGCGGGAACGGGCGCGGGCACCGGAACGAUCAAUGUCAACCCGACCACCGCCAUGAAUCUGCAGAGUAUUAACUUCAACUCGAUAUAGAAUACGAUUUCGAGCCAGGCGGGGACGGCCACUCUGCUGCAGGCAGCCGCCGUGAUGGCCGCCAGCGAGCCGGCGGAGUCCCUCAGCAUAUCAGCCAUGCCCGUCUCCGUGCCCAUGGGCAUGGCCCACAGCUUCCUAAUCAACAACUUCGCAGUGACGGUGGCCGCGCCGCCGGUGGCCACGGUGAGCAGUUCGGGCCUGCAGUACCUGGACAAGUCGUAGGUCCCGGCGCAGCAGGGCCCUCAAAUCGAUCGAUACAGGUAUUAGAGCAACGGCAGCAAUCUAGUGUACAUAGCGAUAGCGGACCGCUUUCACGGCAGAGUGGCAAUAGGAUAGAGGAGGUCGGCCAAGGACGGAGCAUCGGAUUCCUGCGCUGAGCUGAGCUAAGCAGAGCAGGAGGAUCGGAGAGGAGAAGCGGACGCGGAUGCGGAUGGAGAAUUGAAGGCAGGCCGCACUUGUAAUAAUUUUCUAGGACCUAAUUCCUUAAGCUUAAAGUUUUGAACCCUACAUUUUUACGAUUGUUAACUAAGAAAUCGGUAGUACAGAUCUUCGAUUACAUAUAUAUAUAUAUAUAGCUAUAGUGCGUGUAAAAGUAUAAUGUAAUUGUACAUAAAUUAUACAAUUUUAUUAGUGUUAAUCGCGAACAUCAAAUGAUUUGUAAAGCAACUGCAGCUAAAGUGGUGCUGUGUGCCAGCAGCCGAUCAAACCGCGAGGAAUCCGCUCCUAUUCCACUUUCUGUAAUGCGAACAAGCAAUGGACGAAACCAAAAAUUCUAUCUGUAAUCGUAAUACUAAAUAUUAAGGACACCAUGAGAUUUAUUGGCGAUUUCUGAACACAUUUCCCCACAUCCACAUCCCGGUCCGGUGGUUUGCUAGGCUCUGGCGCAUCAGAAAUAUGUUUUAUUCCUCGAUUCGAAAGAGAUUUAAUUUCUGCACUUGUGUUACAAUAGCAAAUAUCAGUAUGUAGGCAUUAUAUUAAGCUUCUUAUCUGUGUACGGUGAAAGGCAGACGCACUCAUUCGAAGCAUAAAUGUAAUCGAUAGCGAGCUCCCGACGACGAAUGAUCGCGGACGCGUACAAUAGAGUAAGCCGCAAGAUCAGCGGAGGAGCAUGUAAGGGAGCCGGAUAUGUAUGAUAAAUAUGUACCAACCAAUAUACAUGUAUAUAUAUUUAUAUUUGUGAACGUA